UAUAGAAGAAGCUGCUCCUUGUCCUUCACAACAGCAAACAUGGCCACGGCUACUAAAAUCAUUCAGAGGCUCCGCAAUUUACUAUCAGGGCACGACCUGCAAGCCAAACUGCAGCUGCGAUAUGGGGAGAUAGCAAAGAGGACACAACCUCCACCCAAACUGGCAGUGGGCCCAAGCCACAAGUACGCCAGCAACUACUACUACACCAGAGAUGGACGCAGAGAGUCUGUACCCGCUACAGUCGUCAUGUCUUCACAGAAGGCACUGACUGCUGGCAGCGAAGCUCAAGUCCCUGCAAAGCCUCCUGUGACACCAGGUGCUGUGUAUCAGCCUCCAGCUCUUUCCACAGACCAGCCGUACCUUUGAGCUGUACGACUUAACCCUCAUCAACAAUCAUCAUCAACAACCUCAUUUCUUCCUUCAUAACUGCUGCAGAGGCCGAACUGCAGUGUGUGUUGGUUGUAACCUGUACAAUAGAAAGUGUGAAUAAAAUUUGUUCCAUGUUUAAA